AGUGUGUGGAUCGCUGAGACUCAGAGGGUCCGGCUCAGUUUUAAGUCUCCUCUAAUCUCUGCAACAGCAGCGCUUCCCAGGUCCCGCGGCUCCUGCUCCCGCUCAGCCGCUGUCACUGACAGGUGAGCAUCUGAGCAGCCUCCGCCCCAUCACCCACCAUGGACAACCUCCAAGAAAAAGUGGCUCCGGACGCGCUUGCCUGAGAAUUCCGCACAAAAGAGGAGCCCAAAAUGAAGACCCUGAUGCGCCAUGGUCUGGCAGUGUGUUUAGUGCUCACUACCAUGUGCACCAGCUUGUUGCUCGUGUACAGCAGCCUCGGCAGCCAGAAGGAGCGGCCCCCGCAGCAGCAGCAGCAGCAGCAGCAGCAGCAGCAGCAGCAGGCGACCGCGACUGGCAGCACGCAGCUUGUGGAGAGCAGUCCCCAGCCACAUAGAACCGCCCCCGCAGGACCCCGGCAGCUAGACGGAUACCUCGGUGUAGCAGACCACAAGCCCUUGAAAAUGCACUGCAAGGAUUGCGCCCUGGUGACCAGCUCCGGGCACCUGCUGCGUAGCCAACAGGGCCCCCACAUCGACCAGACAGAGUGUGUUAUCCGCAUGAAUGAUGCCCCCACCCGAGGCUACGGGCUUGACGUGGGCAACCGCACGAGCCUGCGGGUCAUCGCACAUUCCAGCAUCCAGCGGAUCCUCCGCAACCGCCAUGACCUGCUCAACGUGAGCCAAGGCACUGUGUUCAUCUUCUGGGGCCCCAGCAGCUACAUGCGUCGGGACGGCAAGGGCCAGGUGUACAACAACCUGCAGCUCCUCAGCCAAGUGCUGCCACGGCUGAAGGCCUUCAUGAUCACACGCCACAAGAUGCUUCAGUUUGACGAGCUCUUCAAGCAGGAGACUGGCAAAGACAGGAAGAUCUCCAACACUUGGCUGAGCACUGGCUGGUUCACCAUGACAAUUGCUCUGGAGCUCUGUGACAGGAUCGAUGUCUAUGGCAUGGUGCCCCCAGACUUCUGCAGGGACCCAAAACAUCCGUCCGUACCUUAUCAUUACUAUGAGCCUUCUGGACCCGAUGAAUGUACAAUGUACCUCUCUCACGAGCGAGGACGCAAGGGCAGUCACCACCGUUUCAUUACAGAGAAACGAGUGUUUAAGAACUGGGCGCGGACAUUCAACAUUCACUUUUUCCAACCAGAUUGGAAACCAGAAUCCCCCGCUGUGACUCAUGCUGAGGCUAAGCCUGUGUUCUGAGGUGUGAACGUGCUGGAUAGUAAGGCGCAGCUUCCACACUGUCUGACACGAGAGGAAGGACUUAAAACUCUAGACAGGGAAAUGGGGACUGAAUGAGUGGCCGAGAAGAAUGGCGUCCUUCAGCACCAUGGACAGAACCCAGCGGCCGCAGAACAUUCCAGAAUGCCUGCGUUCUAAAAGCGUCUUGUCUCUUGGAAAGAGCAACUGUAUCCUUGAUUCAGUGACACUGCCACAGCUAGGAACACUCCAGGUCUCUGGAAGUAUUGCCUUCGAAACUGAAACAGGAGCAGCCCGACACUUUUGUGUUUCUUUACAGACAUCCACGUCAAAGGAUUUCCUACCAGGCUGUAACCUAACCUGAUCUAUAAUCUUUUGUCAUUUGUCAGACUUUGUGAUUUGUAAAAGGCCUGGAGUUAUGGACAUGUUUCUGAAGAGCACAUCUCCAAUGAUUUUCAUAAAGCAAAUGUCUGCUAUUUAUUUAUUGAGAGUUUUUUAGUGUACUCUAGGCAGUAUUUUUAUAGAUUAUGAUUAUGUGGCAAUUUACUCUUCCUGACUCUUUAAUCCUGGAUGGUGGUCGGAAUAGGCUAGGAUCGGGCUGGUGAGUUACUGAAUUCACAAUGCUCGUUGUUACCUUGAAAUCGGUAUUUGACGUGGAGAAGUGCAGCAUUGUUUGAACCUCUCGGCUUCAGGCAAUUUGCUGCUUCAUAACAGAUCAGCUAUAACACUCUCUAAUGUACAUAAAUGUCCAAAAGAACAAAAUUGAAAGCCAAAAAUUGUGUUAUCAAAACAAAAAGAUGCUAAUGAGAGAAACUGAAAGAUACCAUAGCUUGUUUUCAGCAGCGACUGAUAAUGCAAGCUAUUUCUCGUUGAUUUCAACUUUCCGCUUCGCUAGAAUGUAGCAGAAUAUCCCCCAAGUUCCUCCUGCAAAUCUAAGAUUGCAGGAGCCUAUCUCACUGAUAGGAAGGUUAGACAGUUGGAUUGAUGUGGCACUGACAGUAGCCGGAACCUUCCAGUCAGGGUGGAGAUGUCAGGGUCCUCUGGGAAGAAAUCACGCUUCCUCCUGGGUCUCUCUUGCCAAACCACUAUCCCUAGAUUCUUAAAGAAAAUGAAGAAUUGGAGGGGGUGGAGGCAGUGCCAAGAGCUGCCCUGUUUUCAGAACACAGACCAGUUCUGACCCACUGGAUGCAAGUCUUAGAAUAAUGUAAAGGACUACCCUCUCCACUCAAAUCCACGAUCAAAUAGUAUUACAGACUUUCAUUUUAAAAUUUUGUACCACUCAGAAAAGUAAGAAUAUGAUAGACUCUUCUUUAUAUACACAAAGGGACAUUAGUGUGUCAAGUGACAGACUUGAGGGCAGCAGCUAAUGUCCUGAGGGAACAGGCAUUGUUCUAUAAACAGGACAGGGUUUGUGAACAAAGUGUCUCACACCACCCAUUUUCUUAAUUAGAGAUAAAGUCCCAUUCCCUUUUAUGAAGGAGAACUUUUUGUUAUGCGGAGUGCCAUUGUGGAGAUGCAAAUACAGGCCAGGUAUUCAGACAGCAAAGGCAACGUGUUAUUGUGGUGUGGCUUGAGUUAUUUAAAGCCAGUAAAAAAGAAAAAAGAAAAAAAUUGAAAUGGCUGUCCAAG